AUGAGGGCGAAGGCAGCGGCAGGAAGAGUCAGGGGGCUGGGCCCGAGGGCGAGGACCAAAGCCGGGAAAGUCAGGGGGGCGGGCUCGAGGGCAAAGACCGCGGCUCUCAGGGAGCCGAGCAUGAGGGCGAAGGCCGUGGCACUCAGGAGGCCGGAGGAGGGGAAGAAGGAGAUGAGCAUGAAUCUGUACUCCUUGCUGCCUCAGACCAUCGACACGCAGCACGCUAAAGAGGUUACAAACCUGCAGAGUGAGGUGAAGUAUAAGGAAGGAGUGAAGCAAAAGAAUCAGAGCAGUUUGUUCCAUCGGCUCCCAGAGACCACAGAGACUCAGCUGGCCAAACAGAUGUCUGACCUUCAGAGCCAGAAUAAGUACCAGGAGGCGGGUAAGAAGGAGGUGGAGACGUCUCUGUACUCCCUCAUGCCUCACACCAUGGACACACAGCUCGCUAAAGAAGCUGGAGAGCUCCUCAGUGAUAUCAAAUACAAAGAAAGCAUGAAGAAGGGGAUGAGCAGCUCCCUCUACUCCACUCUGCCCGACACAAGAGAAAACAGCUUGGCCAGAGAGAUGAGCGACAUGCAGAGCGAGAACAAGUACAAGGAGGACGGGAAGAGGAGCCUCCCUCAGAGUUUCUACUCUCAGCUCGCUGAAACACCACAGAUUGAGUUCGCUAAAAACGUCUCUGAGCUGCAGAGUGAGAUGAAAUAUAAAGAAGCAGGGAAGAAAGGAGUGACGAGCUGUCUGUACUCCACUCUGCCAGAGACUCUGGAUACACAACACGCUAAAGAGGCUUCACAGCUGCAGAGCCAGCUGAAGUAUAAGCAGAGUCUAAAGAAAGACGCCUCCAGUCUGUUCCACCUGAUGCCAGAAACCAACGACACCAUGUUCCAUAAGCAGCAGACGGAGAUGCUCAGUGAGGUGAAGUAUAAAGAAGAGGGGAAGAAAGAGAUGAACAUCAACCUGUACUCUCUGCUUCCUGACACCAUCGACACGCAGCACGCUAAAGAGCAGACGGACAUGCAGAGCGAGGCUAAAUACAAAGAGGCCGGGAAGAAGCAAACGUCCUCGUCUCUGUACCAAAAACUUCCUGAAACUCUGGAGACUCAGCACGCCAAAGAGGCCACACAGCUGCAGAGCCAGACUCUCUAUAAAGAAGCCGGUAAGAAGGAGAUGUCGUGUCCGUUUUACCACCAGAUGACGGACACUCUGGAGAAUCAGUUCGCCCGAGAGAUCACUCACAUGCAGAGCCAAAAUAGGUAUAAAGAAGACGGGAUGAGGAAUCUCUCUCAGAGUUUCUACUCUCAGCUGCCAGAAACUGCUGAGACUCAGUUUGCUAAAUCUGUUUCUGAGCUGCAGAGCGAGACGAAGUAUAAGAAGUCUGGGCGUCAGGAUGCUGGCAGCUCUCUGUACUCUGUGAUGGCAGAAACUCUGGACACACAACACGCCAAGCAGGCCUCACAGAACCAGAGCCAGGUCCAGCAGCAACAAGUGUUCUGUUUGUAA